AUGACCUCGGGUGGUACGAUGCCUUCGGAAAUUGGAAAACCCAGUGGUGAUACUAUGUUUGUUGACAAGCUCCCAGAGGGAAUCAAUGAAAUGAAGAUCCAAGAUGGCAAGGUGGAAAAGGAAAUGGAGGCAACAAUGGUGGAUGGAAAUGGAACUGAAACAGGCCACAUCAUUGUGACAACUAUUGGCGGUAGAAAUGGUCAACCCAAACAGGAAAUGUAUGAAGUGGUUGUGGGAAGAAGUGUGGCUAACGCUAAUCUGACACAUGAAAGUGAUCUUCAAGAAAUGACAAUAAGCUAUAUGGCAGAGCGCACUGUUGGGCAGGGUUCAUUUGGAAUUGUAUUUCAGGCUAAAUGCCUGGAAACUGGGGAAACUGUUGCAAUCAAAAAGGUCUUGCAGGAUAAGAGAUAUAAGAACCGUGAAUUGCAAACAAUGCGCCUUCUUGAUCACCCCAAUGUAGUCUCACUCAAGCACUGCUUCUUUUCAACUACAGACAAAGAUGAACUCUAUCUCAAUUUGGUUCUAGAAUAUGUUCCUGAGACUGUUUAUCGGGUAUCACGACACUACAGCAAGGCAAAUCAGCGAAUGCCCAUGAUAUAUGUCAAACUCUACACAUAUCAGAUUUUUAGAGCUUUGGCAUAUAUUCAUGGUAUAGGAGUCUGCCACAGGGACAUAAAGCCGCAAAACCUACUGGUUAAUCCUCACACUCAUCAGCUCAAACUGUGUGAUUUUGGAAGUGCGAAAGCUCUGGUUAAAGGGGAGCCAAAUAUCUCAUAUAUUUGUUCUCGUUAUUACCGUGCUCCUGAACUCAUAUUUGGAGCAACCGAGUACACAACUGCAAUUGAUAUAUGGUCUGUGGGUUGCGUCCUUGCUGAAUUGCUUCUUGGCCAGGUGCUAGGGACACCAACUCGUGAGGAGAUCAAAUGUAUGAAUCCAAACUAUACAGAGUUCAAAUUCCCACAAAUCAAGGCUCAUCCCUGGCACAAAAUAUUUCACAAGCGGAUGCCCCCUGAAGCUGUAGAUCUUGUAUCAAGACUUCUUCAAUACUCUCCAAACUUAAGGUGCAGUGCGUUGGAUGCCUGUAUCCACCCAUUUUUUGAUGAACUUCGUGAUCCUAAUACCCGACUACCAAAUGGCCGUCCCUUGCCACCUCUUUUCAACUUCAAACCUCAAGAGCUGAAAGGAUCGUCUCUGGAGCUCCUGUCAAACUUGAUACCAGAACAUGCUCGGAAACAAUGCCCCUUCCUUGGUUUUUAGGGUGUAACAUUAUUGUUCAUAUCUAUUGACUGAUUUGUGGUGUAACAUUAUUGUUUCUUUGUUGACUGGAGACUAUGGGCACCGUCUCUAUGUUGUAUUGAUUUCUCACAAAAACAAAUGUUUGAUGGACUUUAUUGGUUCUUCUUUUAGUUUCUGUUGCCAACAUCGUGUCGACUCAAAGUCCAGUGAUUAUCUCUAUAAUGG